CAUACCCGCGUUCCCGGUUCUCGCGUCCCCCCUUUACCCUUCCCCUGGCUCCUCCUCCUGCAAUUCCACUUCCAUCCGUCGGCACAGGAGGAAGGUUGCUAAGGGGGGAUCGGCUCCAUUCCUCAUUCUUCAUUCCAUUUGCGCGCGUGAUUCGGGUUUCUUUUCCUUCUUGUCACCUGUUUCUUGGUCGGUUUCCCGCCUUCUCAGAGGUCGGUCGAUUGGAUUUGGAGCCCGGGGCCCAGCCUUGCCUCAACGUCUGUGUUGUCGUGUUCUUAUUGGAUUCUUGACCGGAUUGGAUUUUGGCGGUUCCAAUUUUUGUUGGUUUGCUCCGAUUCUUGGUUGAUUUGGUCGGAAGAUGAUCAAGUGGGGCAUCGGUAGCAGCGGGACGCCGGCGGAUUCGUAUUAUGAGGUCCGCUCGGAUUGCACGGAUGACGUGCCCAAGAGCAAGUUCAAGAUCAAGGCAGGAAAAACAUUGAGUGUCCGGAAAUGGCAGGCUGCAUUUAGCACUGAUGGUUGUCUUGAUAUUGCCUCAGUCCUAAGCCGGAUACAAAAAGGAGGUGUGCAUCCAACAGUAAGGGGAGAGGUUUGGGAGUUUUUACUUGGAUGUUUUGAUCCCAGGAGUACCUUUGAUGAGAGGGAGGAAAUCAGGCAAAUAAGAAGGCUACAAUAUGCUAGAUGGAAGGAAGACUGCCGAGAGAUGGAUUCUCAUGUUGGUAGCGGGAAAGUGAUCACAGCACCAUUAAUCACUGAGGAUGGUAGACCCAUCAAAGACCCUUUGGUUUUACUCGAGGCUACUUCAUCCGAAAACACAUCAGACGGUACUUCAACAAGCAGCACAAAUGGAAAUGAAAUAGAUGAAUCUGCAAGCCGUAUUACAGAUAAGCUCAUUAUUGACUGGAAGCUUACUUUGCAUCAAAUUGGACUUGAUGUGCUACGUACGGACCGCACUAUGGUAUUUUAUGAGAACAAAGAAAAUCUUUCCAAGUUGUGGGAUAUUCUAGCUGUGUAUGCUUGGAUUGAUAAAGAUGUUGGUUACUGUCAAGGAAUGAGCGAUUUAUGCUCGCCAAUGAUCGUGCUACUCAAGGAUGAAGCAGAUGCCUUUUGGUGCUUUGAGAAAUUGAUGCGUAGAUUGAGAGGAAAUUUCAAAUGCACGGAUCAAUCUGUGGGUGUGGCUAAUCAACUUCAGUACCUUGCAUCUAUUAUUCAGGUGCUUGAUCCAAAGCUACAUGACCACCUAGAAAUACUUGGUGGAGGUGAUUAUCUUUUUGCAUUUCGUAUGUUCAUGGUGCUAUUUCGACGCGAAGUGUCAUUUGGGGACUCCCUGUAUCUCUGGGAGAUGAUGUGGGCUCUGGAAUAUGAUCCCGACAUCUUCUUUGCCGCUUGUGAAGAUGCAAGUGCUCACAAAAGUAAAGUAUCUAAAUCAAAAUUGAGAGGGGUACGCCAUUUUGGCAAGUGGGACAAAGACAAAGAUAAAGAGAAUUCGAAAAAUGGAUCUGAGGAUACUGAUGGUCCAGUUCCAAUUUCAGUUUUCAUGGUUGCAAGUGUUCUCAAGGAAAAAAGAGAAAAGCUAUUACAGGAAGCUAGAGGACUGGAUGAUCUUAUUAGGAUUCUGAAUGAUGUAAAUGGAAAUUUAGAUGCCAAAAAAGCUUGUGCUGGUGCUUUGAAGCUUCAUAAGAAAUACCUGAAAAAAGUACAGACAAAGAAACCCUAAACUGUAACAUAUCUUCUCACUGGGUGAUUCUUUUCCAUGUGGACAUAGCAAACUAUACUUGACAGAAUGCUCGCCAUCUAAAAUCGGCCUGGAAUAUACUGGUUUGUGAAGUUACCAGCUAGUCGGUCUGAGUACAGGAAGAAUGCGACCCUUGUAUGUAAAGAUCUCGAAUUCUUUCUACUCCAUAAUUUUGCUGCUUGUAAAGACAGAAGGUGGUGUGGGUAGCAUGCCUCUGAUACACAACAAUUUCAAUACAAGUUGAAAUGAGCUGUUUGUGGUCUGUGUGAAUACUGUAGCCACACACAGCUCUGUUUUGAGAACAUUUUUACCCUUUAGCUGGAGAUAUGAAAGACAUCACAAUUUUGAAUUUAUUCCGAAUUGGAAGUGCCAAAA